AACCCUCUCAACUAUUCAGUCAAUCAGGCAAAAAUAAAAAUAGAGAUAUAUUGUAAUAUUUAAGUUAAAAGUGUGGAUCUUCACUCAUUUUAUCUGACUGAUUUGUUGCAUUUUGUCUAUUCAUAUAAACUAAAAGCAAAUGAUAAUUUUCUCUCUUUUUUGCGUUAUUACCUUAUGAUUUUGUUUUAUCUAUGAUGGAAAAUUUCCAUUAAGAAUACAAGGAUAUGUAUUUAUCUUCUAAUAGUACACAGGCGCUUGAUCUCAGUAACUCGGUCAUUGAUAACCUUAUUUGGAUAAACUUCUGAUGAAUUGAACGCGUUUGAAGAAAUAAUUGUUUUGAAAUAUCCUCAUGAUGCUUCAUGGUUGUUUUGCAGUCAACAACAUUACAUCUACUGGUUGCUGCAAUUUGGAAUAAUAUAUACAGUUAUAAACUAAAAGAGUUCUCAAUGUCUUACUUUGGAAAACUAAUAUACUAAAUAGUUUUUAUCUGAUACUCAAGAUAAUGUACCCAACAUUCUUUUAUACUAUUAACGUUUGAUGUGAAUUUUAGCUCACCUGGUAAAUUAAAUGGCCUGUUACUUGAUCACGGUUUGAGUGCCUUUUUGACUAUCUGUAUUUCAACUCCUUAUUGAAACUUCAACCAGACGUGAUAAUUAAAACUGAUGGAACAAAACUUGGACGUCGACGAGAUUUGGAGAACGUUGAAGCCAUGGGGACGCUAUCAGAUUAAACAAAUGUGUUUUAUGUGGGCUGUUAUGCUACCAUGUUCACUGCAUCUGCUGGCGGUGGUUUUCAUCGGAUACAGACCCGACUUCCAGUGCGCCGAAAUCUCGCCGGCCAAUCAGAACAGUUCUAUCAAUUCUACUUAUGAUGUCACAUAUGACGAAUGUUCGGUGAUGAUGUCCUACAACCAAUCCAAUUUCUCUCAGACGAUCACUUCCUGUCCAAACGGCUACAAGUACAAUGCUCACGACGACAUCUCCUUUGUUACGGAGUGGGGACUUGUGUGCGGCGAAUCUGCCAAAGUGGACAUUUCUCAGUCCCUCAUGCUCCUGGGUCAAGGUGUGGGCGGCUUCCUGUGUACUGGUCUCUCCGAUAAGUUCGGCAGAAAGACCGUGCACAUCAGCUCUCACAUCCUUCUCUUUGUUCUAUGCCUUGUCACUGCGUUCAUCCCCUCCUAUAUAGGAUUCGCCAUUCUCAGAUUCUUCACUGGUAUGGCUGUAGAGGGUUUGUUGUUGUCCGGCGUUACCCAGUAUGUAGAAACACUUCCGAUGGAGUGGCGAUUCUGCGCAGAAGUCAUUGGACUCGUCGCCUGGACGACAGGAAUUGUGAUGCUUACUCCCCUAGCUUACAUCAUGCAGACCUUUUCCUGGAGAUACCUUCAACUUCUCCUGGCACUGUUCUCUGUGUACAGUCUGGUAGAAUACUGGCUCUUUGACGAAUCUCUUAGAUGGCUCAUGGCAAAUGGUCGUUUGGACGAGGCAGAAAAGGUGGUGCGGAAGGCUGCUAAAAUGAACAAAAUGUCUUUUGAUAAAGUCAUUAGUAUCGUCAAAGCUAAAAUGAUUGAAAUGGAAGCUCUGGACAAAGAAAAUGGUUCUAUACAGGUUGCAUCUGACCCCGAUGUUGUGGUUGAAACCUACAUUCCUAAAAAUACGGAAGUCAAGAAGUAUUCAAUGGCUGACAUUUUACGGGAUCGGUUGAUUUUUAUCAAUUCUGCCAUCAUAUGGUUCCUAUGGGUGACGAACAGUCUAACGUAUUACGGACUGAAUCUGAUUUCUACCACACUGUAUGGAAACCGUUUCGUGAACUUCUUUCUUCUAGGCGCCAUUGAAUAUUUCUCAGCCCUGACUGAAUUUCUUCUGUUAAACAGAAUUGGAAGGAAGAAGACUUUGAUUUUCCUGAUGGGUAUAUCUGGGAUAUCUCUUCUAAUCUCUACACUUAUAUCAACAUUAAGAGGGGACAGUUCGGCUCUGGGCUACCUGGCGACGUCAUUGGUCCUGGUUGGAAAGUACGGUAUUACCGGAGCGUUCAGUUCCGUCUUCCUGUAUACAUCAGAGCUAUACCCCACCAAUCUAAGGAAUUCUGGUUACGGAUAUGCCUCUGUUUUUGCCAGAGUUGGUGGUGUUUUAGCUCCUUUUUCAAGUACUUUUCACAGCUACGUGGCGUGGGGACCCGGUGUGGUAUUCAGCACCAUGUGCUUUCUUUCCGCCAUUAUGAUAUUUCAUCUACCGGAAACACGUGGACGAGAACUUCCUACCAGUAUAGAAGAACUUAAAAUGUGGUAUAAAGAACACAGUGGAAUCCAAAAUUCUGGAACCAAAGUUAAAAAAGAAAUUGCCCAUACAUAAAUGAAGUUAAUUACACAGUUCGUGGAAUAAAUUAAAUUAAAUAUGCCACUUUU